UUGAUCAGAAUUUUGACAAAGAGUAUUGUUUGCAGAUAGGAGCAGUUCCUCUUGGUUUGGUGGAGGUUUUUUUCCUAGAACCCAGUGUUCGGGGCCCAGGUAGAGUAGAAGCACACUGUCCCCUCUUUAUGUCAUAGCCUCGUCCCUCCUCCCCACCUACCCAUCCUUGAUUAGGAGGCUGUGCACUAGUCCAAGGUGGCUGCAAGCCGGGAGGAUGGUGGUGACCCGGUCCAGGAGGCCUCAGGCCACGAUCCAAGCCACGUUGGCUGAAAACUCCCAACAGAAUUCUGCUAAAAGAAUUCAUGCACAUCCAAAAGUCAGGAAGGAAUGUCUACCUGUUGACCCAACUACUGCUGAAUCGCAAACCACUAGGAAACAAAGUCCAGUCUCUAGAACUCCUAAAACCAGAAAGAGGAAGAGCGGAACUACAGUCUCAUUAUCUGAAAUGAACAAACCAUCUACUGAUGGAGAGACCUCUGAAGCAGAGUCAAAUUGUUCUUCCGUGUCUGAGCUCCAGGAUCCUAUUUUAAGAGUAACUAGGAGACGGCAGAUCUUAGUUGCAUGCACUCCAGUGUCCAGUGUUUGGAAAAGGCUGAAAAUAACUCCAAUAAAUCAGUCUCGUAUUGAAGAAGACAACGACGAUGACUCUGAAGCUGAAUCACAUGUCUCAGUUAUUUCUAGAAUUGUGCUGCCCACAGUAAUAACUACAAGGACCAGAAGAAGUAAGGCUAAACCUUUAAGAGAUCCAAACCAAGAAUUAUAUUCAGAAGCUAUUUCUGAUGCUGAGUCAUUUGAAGAAAAUGACAUUUCUUCAUUUUCCGGAGUUGCAACUAUAAGAACAAGAAGUAUGCAGAAGUUACAUGCACAAACUGAGGAGAAAGAUAUUAACAUUGUACCAGAAAAUGAAAAGCAGAUCAUAAAUGUGCCUAUGAAUUCAGAGGAUUCAGAUACCAAACAACGUUUACUGGUAAGAUCUCUUCCUCAGAUAAAUAAGCCAAAUUUCUAUAAUGAAAUUCAUAAUAACUUCGAUGAUGAUUCCAUCCACAGAAAUUCAGAAAAAAAAAAGAAAACCGAACAGUGCAAAAAUGCCAACGUUUUAAUAUGAGAGGAGAAAAAGGCCAAUGUUGCACCUCUCAAAGAAAUAACAAAGCAGAAUAGUAAGAAUUUAGAUGAAGAAACCAAGGGAAUAGUAGAUGAGGAAAAAGAAAUAAAUAAGAAAAAUUCUCAGUUGGAGAGCCUUUCCGAACCUCAGGACACUGGCAUUCAGCGGUUAGUUUCUCAAAGGCAUUCAACCCCCCAAAAUAAUGAGACCACAUCAGAGCCCUCACAUCUGAACUGUGAGGCUAUAAUGAAAUCAUUAGCUCAAUCAUUUGCAGUGGUAGAAGUGGACAGAUGGAAUGAAGAGAGAAAGAGCACCAUAAAAACAAGUGACUUGACAGAAUUUGGUGAUAGUGGUAGUGAUGAAGAAGAGUGCACUGUUACAGGUAUCAGUGAAGAUAGGAAUGAAGGAAGGGAUGUGGAUUUUGAGUGUGAAACCAAACUAUUCAAGUCUGAGCCCCAUACAUCCCUGGACAAAGGUGAUUCUGUUUUGUUAGUCCUCAUCAGUGAUGAAAGCCAGCAGUCUGAAAAUAGUGAGAAUGAAGAGGACACUCUGUGUUUUGUUGAAAAUAAUGGUCAAAAGGAAUCAUUAAAUGGAGAAUGAGAAAAUAUGUCAUGUGACAAUGCAUUGUUUGUAAUUGACACAGCUCCUGGAUUGAGUACUGAUAAACAUUUUUACUUGGAUGAGGGAGACAAGGCAAGUGAGGUUGCCAUUGAGGAAGAAAAAGAGGAGGAAGAGGAUGAAAAAAGUGAAGAACCAUCAGACCAUGACAGAAACAAAGAUAGUGAGUUUAGUGAUGAAGACGACUUACUAAAUAGCACAAAGUCUAAACUUCUGAAGUUGACAAGCAGCAGCCUAGACCCUUGUAUGAGUAUCAAGCAGUUGAGUGGUUUGUAUAUUAAUUUCAGUGCAGACAAACUACAGUGGAACAAGAGAACCCUAACACAGAUCAAGGAGAAAAAGAAAAACGAGCUUUUGCAGAAAGGAGGCUGUGUACUUUGGGUGAGAAAGAAUGACCUGAGGCAGCUUGUUAGCCAACUCUUGACAUCUUUUAAAAGUAAACUGAGUGCCUGUGUUUGUUCCAAAGCUUUUUGUUUAACAACAUGUUCUGAAAACAUCUCUUGGAUUUAAUAUCUCAUGAUCCUUCUUCAGGGACUCACUGAUACAAUCAUAUUAACCCCAUCUCUGCCUCCUUCAUAUGUCUGGAAGUAUAACAUGAGAUUGGGAGUCAGACAGGCUCAAAUAUUGAAUUGGGUUACUGCUCAUGUAACCUUGAGUUAAUUAAUGAAUUCUUACUUCAUCCAGAAAAAAGGGGUAAUAACAAUAGUGAUCUAAU